ACAGAUUAUCGAGAAAAAGAAAUGACAACAUAAAAAUAAAGUUUACAGAAAAUAGGAUAAUGCCUCAUUAUUAAAAGAGUGAGCAGAAAGGUCGGUCGUUGACUUGUCUGGCCCGAUGAAAACCACAAAGCAAAUAAUGGUACUUAUCUACCCAGUAGUUGAAGCUUGAAGCAAGCCAGAGGCCUUGAAAAUCACACUAUCAAGCUUUCCAGUAUUCAAAAGUUCAUGGAUAUCAAACUUGUAGGGCGUGGAGAAUACGACCGAGCCACAGAGAUAAAAGCUUUCGAUGAUACAAAAGCCGGUGUGAAAGGCCUCGUUGAUGCUGGCACAGUAAAUGUACCCAAGAUAUUCAUCCGUCCACCCAAUGAGCAAACCCAGUUUGCCACGUGUCACCCACCCAACAUGCAAAUUCCUGUCAUCGAUCUCCACGGCAUCGAUGAUAGUGAUGACCUCCGCAAGCAGAUUGUGGAUGAAGUUCGGAUCGCGUCCAAAACAUGGGGAUUCUUCCAAGUGGUUAAUCAUGGAGUUCCAGUGAGUGUGCUGGAAGAUAUGAUCCAUGGAGUAAUCAAGUUUAAUGAGCAGGAUCUUGAUGCUAAGAAAGUGUGGUAUAGCCGUGAUCGAGCAAAAACCGUCAGAUUUAAUAGCAACUAUGAUCUGUACCACGCACGAGCAGCUAAUUGGAGAGACACUCUGUCUUGUACCAGGCCCGCAGUUGAUGAUCCCAAACAACUCCCUUCAGUUUGCAGAGAUGAAACAAUUGAGUACACAAAGCAUGUCAUAAAUUUGGGAGACCAACUUUUUGGAUUAUUAUCGGAGGCUCUUGGACUCAAACUUGACCACUUAAAGGAAUUGGGAUGUGCUAAAAAUUAUACCUGUGUGUGCCACUACUAUCCAGCAUGCCCAGAACCAGAACUAACAAUGGGAAGCAGCAAGCACUCAGAUCCUUCUUUCCUCACUAUUCUUCUUCAAGACCAAAUUGGCGGCCUUCAAAUCCUUCGUGACAAUCAGUGGGUUAAUGUGAACCCUAUUUCAGGUGGCUUGGUAGUAAAUAUAGGCGACUUUCUUCAGGUUAUGUCAAAUGACAAGUUUCAGAGUGUUCAACAUAGAGUGCUUGCCAACCGCAUUGGCCCAAGAGUUUCCAUAGCAUGCUUCUUCAUCGGACAGACUCGCACCGAUCAACCGGACAAGUCCUACGGUCCGAUCAAAGAGCUCAUAUCAAAAGAUAACCCACCUCUGUAUAGAGAUUUCUUGAUAAGUGAAUACCAUGGUAAGUUCGUUUCUCAAGGGCUUGAUGAGAAGCCUGCUUUUCACCAUUUCAAGCUUUGAAGAUAACAACUUCCACACGGUGAAACUUUGAAUAGCGCGUGGGCAAAUAAAGUUGUUUAAUUACACAUCGUAGAGUUGCAUGGACGCUCACUGGUUUCCUUGUUAUGUAAUAGUAAGAUUUAUAAGGGUCAUAACAUUCAUAUAAGACCUAUUUGAUAAUCAUUUCAUUUUUAGUUUGUAUUUU